UCUAUCUGUCAAAUGGAAACAUAAACAACUUGACACUUAUCGGUUCAGUUAAUUGUUCACUUAAAUCAAAAUGAAAUUCUUACACAUUUUAUCAUUAUUAUUGGUGGCUUUGGUGGCCUAUACCUCGGCUCAAAGAUGUGUGGGCAGACCACGUAAUCCUUCUUGUACUGGUGCUCGCAAUGUGGGUCGUCGUGGUCCCCGGUGUACCCCCCGUACCAUGUGGCAUUACGAUGCUCGUUCCCGCCAAUGUCGUGAAAUGCGUUACUUGGGUUGUGCUGGCAACAACAAUCGUUGGUGUACUCGUGCCGCCUGUGAACAGAGAUGUCGUCGUUAAGUUUUUAUCCCAUUGAAGUGAUUAAUUUUUGAAAAGAAAUAAAAUAAUUGAUGCAAAUAUUAA